ACACAGACCCCACAGAGCAGCAGCUGUCACAAAAGAGGAGAGGCGGACAGGGCAACAGAGUCUCCCCCCACCCCUUCUCAUUCUCAAGAACAAUACUCAGCCUCCAGCUGGAGAGGGUCAGCUUUUGUCCUGCUGCCUAUAGCGUUCCCGCUCAAGUGAGGACGGGACAGACAGUGGUGAGAGCAGAGGAGAGCGGAGGUAAAGAAGGAAGGGAAGAGGACGCUGCAGAUAAGGUGCUGCGUCCUGCUCUGUUGGAUUCAGUACUUGGACAGUUCCCGAGCUGCCGCCCGCACAGGAAGUCCACCUGGUUCAUGAGAGCAACAGUCUACUGAGGGAGCUGAGGCGGACCACAAAUGCAGCCGCCGUGUGCCCUCCAGCUUGCCCCCUGUGGCCCCUCUCCUCCCCUGGGAUCGCAGGACAGCACCGCCAGCCUCCAGCAGCUGGGAGAGAAGCAGCUCUUUGAGAAGUUCUGGAGAGGGACUUUUAAAGCCGUGGCCACCCCGAGACCGGAGAGCGUCAUUGUGGCGAGCAUCACCUCCGGGAGGAGAGUGCCUGAUUCUGAAACAACGACGACGACAACCCCCCAGCUGGUCAAGAAUGAAAGGAAAGCUGUGGAAACACAAGUGGACACCACGAACAGAAACGGAAGUGGGCGUAAACACCACCACCACCACCACCAUCGCCACCGCAGAAGCAGGAGGACCUCCUAUGAUGAGGUCAUCUCCCCUCGGCCCAAGCGGAAGAAGAAGAAGAGGAAGUCUGAGCGAAAGAGGAAAAGAAAGAGAUCUCCUUCCCGCAGCCUGUCACCACUGAGGAAGAGGAAAAAGAAGAAGAAGAAGAGCUCCAAGAAGAGCAAGCGGCAUAGGUAUACCUCCAGAAAAGCAAAACACAGCUCCUCCAGUUUGAAACACAAGAGGAAGGAUGAACGCAAGCGCAAGAAAAGUUCGCGGACUCACUCGCAUCGGCGACGACGCUAUCGCUCGUCAGAGUCGGAUGCAUCCUCUUACCAAUCCUCCACAGAGGACAGACAUCAUCUACAAAAGUCUGUGGUUCAUCAGUCUUUUGGAGACCUGGCUGCCGUUGGAGAGGAGACCAGAACGGAGCUGCACCACGCCGGCACCAAGUGGAGACGUACAACCAAAUCAAUGCGUAAAUCGACCCAAAAAUAUCCCUCCGUCCUCUCAGCAAGCACAGUUUUGCGGUCCAAGUCUGGACGAGAGCUUUCACGUGGAAGUGGAUAUCAGGAUGUAUCAGGUCACAGUGAAGGUGCCCGUGAUUACGAUUCUGGUAAUGACACGUCUUCGCCUCCAUCCAGCAAAACCGGUGCUUCCCGGGCGAGUGCUGUUGAGUAUAAGAGAGGCCGCUCUCGGCGGCCGGCCUCACCAGAGAAGCUGAGGUUCGCCGACAGAGACAGUGCCUCUGAUUCAGGGAACUCUGCGACCAGCUACGCCUCCUCGUGCAGACCAGACGGGGACGACAGCCUUUCCACGACGCUUCUUGCUGGAAACAACAGAGAGCAGAUAACCAAGGGGUGUCAGUCAGAAGCUGUGAGCUCCCCGAAGACUGCCAGCUGUGAACAGAGGCGGAGCGGGUCAGCGCGAAGGCGGAUGAAAGCCCGGUCAUCCAGCAGCCGGAGCAGAUCCUCAGGGAGUUCCAGAUACUCAGGACGCUACUCUCGAAGCUCCUCGCUGUCGUCCUGGAGCUCGUUGUCACGCUCUCCGAGUAAUUCAUCAGAAUUGAGGCGAAGAGGGAGCACGGCCAGUUUCAGCUCCAGAGGAAGCUACUCCAGAAGCAGCGUCGACAGGCCGCGAGAGAAGAAGAGGCCGGCUGGCUCCAGAAAGGCAGAUGCGAAGAACUCACACAAGGCCAGCAGAAAGAGAGGAAGACGUAAAUCCUACUCCCCAAUGAAGAAGAGGAGGAAGGACUCGCCGAGCCAUCUGGAAGCACGCCGCAUCACAAGCGCCAGGAAGCGACCCAUUCCUUACUUACGACCCAGCCCCGAUUCCAGCAGUCGUUCCACCAGCGUGUCCUCCUGGAGCAGCCUCUUCACACGCAGCCGCAGUCGCAGCCCGAUCUACAGCUUUAGCCGGAGCAGGACCCGGACCCGGAGCCGGAGCCAGAGCCGCAGCCGGACCCGGAGCCGCAGCCGGACCCGGAGCCACACCUAUUCCUCCUACAGGAGUUACAGUCGUAGCUCAUCGUGGAACUCGAUAUUUGGGACCCGUGGUCACAACCGGAGCCCUGGUUCAUUGAAAAAACGCAAAAAACACCGGCAUUAGUGUCUCUUAAAGGGUCUCGAGGGACCGGCAGAGUCGGCACAGGCUAUUGGAGCGUUCAGAUGUUUGCGUCUUCAUCCGACAUGUUGACGUUUGAGCAGAAAUGUCCCAACAGGGGUCCACCCAGUCUUUUUUUGCCCACACAGACCCCAGCAAAAGAGACAUUUGUUUUUUUGGUUUGUUUUUUUCUGGUAUUGCUUCCUUUUUGCUUCACCACUCCCAACAGUCUGCUCAUCUCUUCUUGGGGAGUCUGCACAUACAAGGAAACCAUUCUGUAUUUAUUCAACUGACAUUCCCAUAUGUGUUAAAUUAUCCUUGUAAAUGUUUUGAAAACUCUUUUACAAUCACAAUUUGAUGAUUUAUUGAGGUGUAUACAUGUGGCUGAAUAAUAAGUCGAGGAAGGAUUAGAGAAAACAUAAUUUGCUUUCUCGUUUUACCUGAAAAAGGCCAGAAUCACCCAGAUGUUAAAGCAAAGGCCGAGGCACUGAGGCAUCGUUUGAUCCUGGUGUUUACGGACAGCUUUACCGUGAUGGUUAUCAGACAUAUGGAGGAGGUUUACUACUCUAAUCUCAGCACUUCACAAGCUGGAGAACAAAGGACGUUCCCUUUGAGAAGGUGCCCCGGUGCCGAGUAAACUGACUGUCAGCUCAAAUGCCAAAUGAAUUUAUCGUCUGAUCAAGUGGAAACAAUUGAAAUGUCAGUCCAAGUUUCACAACACUGAGCGAUGUGAGCAAUACUUUCCGGGUGUACGAGCUGGUGUUUCUGUUAACAGCUCAUAAGGUAAAAAUAUGAGUUUCUGUUUUGGGGAAACAAGAUUCGUUGAGAUGGGUUUUUCACUUUUUAUCUGUAAAUUAUCCUUGAAAUGUUUGUUGUUACGCACUGUAUGAAUAAGUAAUUAUUUUUUUUGUUGAUGGUUGUUUUGUUUUUUAUUUUUUAAUAUGACCCUAAAAUCAGGCCAGAAUGAAAAAAAUGUGUUUUUAUUUUGCUGGAAAAUGCUGAAAAUGGCUAAAAGGAAACUGGUCAUUUCUGGCCACAACACCAGGGGUGACAGUAGGUCCAGACCACAAUGCAUUGUUUUAAAGAGUCUGUUGGUUUUAUUUUGGCUCAGUUCCAGUAAUGCCUCAUUUCCAUUUGCGCUCAUCCAGAAGUCCGUUUAUCCUCACAAGACCUGCUGUUGUAUCUGACGCACUGCAAAACUCCUCAUUUGGGUGUUUUUUGUUAUUUUUGUUUAACUUCAACUGUGGUGGAUUUUGUAGAGAAUGUAAACCCCGUGCUUGUUAGCACAAUGUAGAUAAUUAGCAGGCAUUUGGAUUAAAGAAAACAUAUUACAGUUGUCGGGAAACUGUGUCAGCUACGAGUGUAGGCUCUUGUAAAAGUAGUUUAUCUCUCAUUGCAGCAAUGAGUUGGCGGGAGAAGCGCCAGCUCGUGUGCGCUUCUCAUUAGCAACAGAUUAGCAUCUGCAAACAACUGUACUUCCAUGUGCUGAUAACAACGGGCCAGCGGACGGAGAGGAGGCAUUGCUAAGAAAAAGAGAGCUUUCCCCCUCCAAAAGCCCUCAAAACCAGUCACUUAAAACACAUUAACGCUAACGUUAUAUCUGCUGCUAAGCUGGUGCAGAUGCUACUACCCAUGAAGUUGGUUUCCAGCUGGAGAUUCGACCGCUAUUUAUUCACAAUGAAUCUCAAAAAUGACCCCAAAAUAAUAAUACAUAAUUCAAGAAUCUCUAAGAUCCAAAAGCGUUUCAUAUUAAUAAUAAUAAUAAUGACUUGGAUUUAUAUAGCGCCCUUCAAGGCACCCAGAGCGCUUCACAGAGAUCAUUAUUCAUUCAUACACAUUCUCACUGGUGGUAAGCUACGUUUUGUAGCCACAGCUGCCCUGGGGCAGACUGAUGGAAGCGUGGCUGCCAUAUCGCGCCAAACGGCCCCUCCGACCACCAAACAUUCAUACACAUUCAUAUUUGCCUCUUUUAGUACUAUACCUAAUUGGGCUAAAGUUAAUAGUCACUGGUUCAUGUGGUUUGGAAGCCACUAAAAUAACACUUUUUUAAAUCUAAAAUAUUAAUAUAAAAUCAAAGAAGUCCUUGGAUGCUAUAAAAAGAGGCGAGUCCUGUUCGUACUAAAAAUGAAUCUUGUGCUUGGAGGAACUGGGUCGAGUGGUUUGGAAGAUUUUGAAUAAAAACAAAAUAAAAACCAAAGAUAUCACCCUCUACUCGCUCUGUAGCUCAAGUGGUGAGCAUGCUCUGCAAUGUUGUACGUGUACCAGGUGUACCAGGUGUACCUCCGAACGCGGCAGCGACUGUUUAGUCCACAGUUACGCUGCAGGGGAGUCGACGUAGGGGAACGAUGAAGCCAAUUCAUCAGACUUUCAGACACUACCAGUGUUAUUUCUGUCAGUAUUUCUGCCGCAGUUAUGAAACCUAACGCAUCGCUGCAGGCUGAUAUAUUGACCAUCACCUGUGCACUAUGAGUCAUGAUGCAUCAAGGAUACACUGAGGGCACUAUAUAGGAUAGGCUAUAACCUUUCUCACUACAGUGCUGGUGAUUCUUGAGACAGCCAUAGAUCCAGGAAAAAAAAGAAGCAUGUCAAAUAUUCAACUGGAAACUCACUUCCUGCUGGUCCUGCUUCUCCAAAACGCUAAUUCAAAGCCAGCCACGAUAGCACUUUGAACAACGAAGCACAUCUGCUAAUUUUAUACAAUCGACAGCACAAUAUCUCAUCAUUAACUGCUUCUAAAUUGUUCUAAAUUACCUCUGAAUCGUCCGUGCCGUGACCUUUAUAUUACAGGAAGUUCAAAUGAGCGCUGGUUUCUGUCACUGCAGCCGACCUGACUGAUACGCUGUUCUGUGCAGCCGUCACAGAGAUCCUCUCCCAUUCACAGCCACUUAGCACGGAGGGUACAGAACCGAUUGCAACGGAUCGAGGGGGGGGCAUUGUGAUGAGGACUUAUACAGGAUUGUCAAAGGGUCACUAUUCAAAACAAGUGAGCUGGCUGCAGAAUCUCUAAUCUCUCACCAGCCUUCCUACUCUAUUCUUCUGAUUGUUUAUAUGCCUAUCCAGCAGUGUCCAGAGCCAGUUUUCUCUGUGUCCAUUUGGCAGCUCAUUAAUGUUGAAUCCAGAGGUUUGGCACCCAAAUCUCCUGAGUGAGCUCGGAUUUUUAUUCUCUCAUUUGCGUGAAACGGAGGCAUACGGCUGCAGGAGGAGACUAAAUCUACUCCCCCUCAAGACUGAAACUGAACUCAUAGAUUCAUAUCUUUCCAUCGUGGAGCACCACCAAAAUUCUGACUCACUGAACCAAACCGAAUUGAACGAGAACUUUAUUAUUCCUCAAAUAUGUAUUAAUGUUGCAGCAUAAAUUAUUGGAGAAAAUCUGCUAUGCACAAAAAGAUAAAACAUCAACAGAUAAAGGAGCAUAUGGUCGUUUUAAAGAAUUAUAUGACAUUUAUAAAUAUAGUAUGGUAUAAUUAUACAAUAAAACACCUAUCAUGUGUCUCUAAUUAUAAAUGCUAAUUAUUUUCCUUGUUCCUCUCAGAAGUAGUCAGUCUCUCUAUGCAACACUGUAAGUUCACAUUUUUUAUGAAAUUGUAAAUACGUUUGUGGUUAAAUAUUCUUUGACGUCAGCUUCUCUGUGACACGUGAGCAGAAGCUGUGGAGAAGAGCAAACCCCAAACUCUCAGAAAAGAUCCCUUCAAUGUGGCCUUUCGUUUACCUUCCUUAAUAAAGUGCAAACACUGAACCCUUCUGGGAAAUGCACCUAUUUACCUUCUCAUCUAUAAUUGCCAGUCAGCUGCUCGGGGGGUGUUUGGUCAGUUUCCCAGGAGUGGGGUGGGGGAUUAUCUGUAUCAAAAUACCUUUGUUUGGACAGACAGAAAGUAAUGAAAUGUGGUUUUCACUGAGCGUUUGAAAAUGUACCGCCCGGUUCUUUAAUACUGAUUAUCUUUUUUCAUAUCUGUGGUAAUCAGCACAGUGUCCCUCUGUAAUCACUACGCUGGACCAGCAGUGGCCGCUGAGCCGGCUGGAGGCUGGACAGAUGCAUUCUCACCACAUUUAACUAUUUUCAUUAAUACAGAAUGAAGUGAUUUUCAAAUCUCAUACGUUCAUAUUCAAUUUAGAAUACAACAUAGAAGACUAUGACUGUGUCAUAAACUCCACUACAUCAUUUUGCCAAAUAUUCAGAGUAUCUGAAGAAAUCUCUGUGCGCAGAUAACAGGUCAAGAAUCACUACUGGUUGUCCUGUAAUGGAAAUCAGUCUGUGGGUCCAGAAAUGUCUCUACGAGUGCUGACUAAAGCGAUAGUAGGCGAAGAAGAGGCUGAAGCAAUGCUUGCAUGACUCUCAAAGUGGAAAACUGGCCUACGCAGCGAAAUCCCUGCGAAAUCCCCGAAAUCCCCUCUCUCAGACACUGAGAGAGUUAAAAUUCAACAAGAAUAGUUUGUUUACAUGUGUGUACCCUUUUGAGCUUUAUUUUAACAAUUUUAAAACAGUGAAUUAUCUAACACCUUACCACAUGUAUGAUGUUUGUACGACCAAGGGGCUCACAAUUCGUCCAGGUAGCUAAGCGCCAGUUCCUUAACGGCUGAAGUACUACUGGUGUUUGCAUGUGGAUUAUUUCCCCACAAAUCCAGUUAAACUAUAUCUUUGCAACCAAAUAUUUCUCUAAAACUGUUAGCGUGUGGUCAGUUUAAAACAGCGGGCAUUGGAAAACAAGUUACAACCAAAAUAUACUAUAACGCUUAAUGACAUUUACUCUGAAAAGGUUAAUAGUUUUAAAGUAAUACUGAUAACACUUACUCUGGCUCUGAUUCGCUGUGUCCACCAGACUAAGAGGAGUCCUGAGCGAGCUUCAUGUUUAUUAUCGGUCCUCGGUUCAAAAGCCAGCAUCUCUGACUGGAUGGAGGUGCAGAAUGGCUCCAGAAUAUGAAGCCGAUGCAUCCGGAGAGGAAACAUCAAUGUUGAGAGGCACAUAAUGGUUUAAAAGCAAAAGACUAGUAUCGUUAAACAACACAGUGCCAAACCACAUACUACAUCUAAUACAAAAGCACAACUGUGUAGCGGAAACCUUAGCUAAGCCGGUCCAGAGCUUUCAUGAAAUACCAUACAUUUGCUGCAGACGUGAGAGGGAAAACAUUCCUCUUAGAUAAAUUAAUUCUAGCAACUGUUCCCAGAUGUAAAUGUAACGUUUUUCAUAUGUGCUGCAACCAUCAAGGUCAAAAAACACUGUAUUUUCUUCAGAUGACAACAUAUCCUUGGUUUCAGUGUUUGGUAUGUUGUCUUCUGUUCUGCUGUGAAUAAAAGAUGGGUUUCUGAGAUUUGCUAAUUAUUUCAAAUCCAUUUUACAGCACCACAGUUUACUUUGGAUGGUGAUAACGUGCAUGAAUACUCAAUACUUAAGAGAAUUUAUGAAUGAGUGUACAUGCAGAAAAAAGAGCAUGUCUCCGGAGAGGAAUAUCCGGCUCUGAAACUCGUGCGUGAACACAACCCUGUAGAAGAAAAACAGACUUCAGAAGGGAGCUUAGUUUAACUCUGGAAACCAGAGGUUCUUUGCACGAAGCAAAACCCAACAACCCAAAUGUAUCUCAAGUACAAACUUUUUAAGCAGUGACUUUUAAUGGUUCUGCUUUCGUGACCUUUACAUGGGACUGGUUUGUUACGUCAAAACAUCCCAGAAUCAUCUCAGAGAAAAUAAGUGCAUUUCCCCCCAAAAUGUCAGACUCUUCUUUUAAAGUUAAUUUGGAGGCUCCAACUCCAAACUGGCUUUUGCGUGUGAUUAAGAGUCAUAUUUCUCCAUGAUUGCAGAUCCAUCAUCCUGUCUGUGCUACAGCUCCGGGCCUGAAGGACCGCUCUCUAUGCACUCAACACUCUCAGCUUAUUUCCCUGAAUGUCAACUAAAUUGGACAAAUGAGGGGAAUAUGUCGCUGGAAGAGGGAAGAACUUGGCACAAAAAGUCGUCUUUAAAGCAGGAACUGGUGGUGACUGGUGUCGUCCGGUGCUGCCUGUUUGCCAGAGGGAGAUUUGUGUGGUCGUGUUGAUGGACUGUACAUGAGCACAACGGGCAAUGAAGCCUCUCCCCGUCUGAUGCAGCAGAGUUGACAUCAGUUCAUGUUUAAAAAAAAAGAUUGUAAUUAAGAUAUGUAA